UUAAAUCCAAACAGAAAUAUGUUGGGAAAAAAAAAAUCUCAAAGAAAUUCUACCGACGGCCUAAAGAGAUUCUCCCUCAAAGACAUUCCCCCUGCGAGAAUAUGCCAGGAAACGACAAGAAGGACACUCCUGGCGCAACACGGGGCGAGCGCAUCAGACGGGGCGCGCUUGGUGGGUUUGUUACCGGUCGCCACCGUCGCGCCGGCGCGCUGGAAGGGAUUGCGCUAGGCCGGCGCGCCAUCGCUAUUCAGUGCCUUGUUGGUGCUAGCCUGGCAUCGGGGCGCCGGGCUGGUUCGCUGCCUUUUAUCUUUCGCUCGCCCCUUUCCUUCGCCAUGGCCGACGUGUUUCAGCCGAGGGGGGCUGCCCCCCUUUCCUACGAAAUCCGACGCAACGAAACCGCGCGGCAUUGCGUGUUCCAUCGGUUCGCUUUCUAGCUCUGCCCCCCCCUCGUUGCAAAUAGAACGACGAAGCUUCCCACCUUCGCUACCCUCUCGCGGUUUUUGCUUCUGACGUGGCACGCCUCAUUCUGUCCAGCGUCGCGCUGUUAGUGGCGAACCUUUGCGUGCGCUCGCGAAGCCUGAAGAGAGGCCGAAGCCGCGCGCGGUCUGUUUGCAAGUGUGCCGCGCGGCCAAAUUUUUUGUAAAAGUAUUGCCUUGCCCGCGCGGGCCCUCAAGGUUUUGAAAAUAAAAGCUCUCUCCGCCCGUGAUUGUGAAGCCCGCAGCCGGAUCCGGGCGCGGGGGCCGAAAUUUUUUUCUUCGCGCGCACGCAGCGCGCGCGCACCCACGCGGGAGCCGGGGACGGCAUUCAUUCUUCGCCUCCGCUCUCUCAGUUGCGAAAAAUCGUACUUCGCCCGCGCGGUUGAAGCCCGCGGCCGCCUGUGUGAUAUGUCUUUGGCCGGCGAGGGGCGAAGAAAUUUUGUUUCCUCGCCCGCGCGCUGGCGUGCGCGCAGAUUUUGAUCACUCAGGGUCGGGGCCUACCGUGUUCGGCGUUGUUGCUUGUGCCGGCCGGGCAAAAAAUUUUUUCGCGCUGCGCGCGCGGGCCUUUGUAGCGGUUUCGCAAAAGCGAUCUUUUUGCGCACGCGCGCGAUUAGGGGCGGACCCGGACGAGGUCGCGGCAUCGCGCUCGACGUUCUUGUGCCGGCUGCACAGAUGAAACGCGCUUGGAGCUACUGCGCCGGGAGUGCGAAGCUUUUUUCGCGCGCAGGGACCCUUUACUUCGCCCGGCCACACUGUUUGGCGCUGCGUGCUCUUUUUCGCUUUACGGAAAUUUUUCGUCGCCCGCGCGCCGUGCGCGUGGUGGGUUAGUUUUUCUCAAGGCCGGGGCCAGCAUUGCUGCCGUAUCGAUCGCAUGUCAGGCGGGGCGGUGCGCGCGCGUGAAGCCCGCGGCCAUCUCUGCGAUAUGUCUGUGGCCGCGGAGUGGCGAAAAAUUUUCCGCGCCCGCGCGUUCCUGCGCGCGCAGACUUUGAUCAGUGUCGGGGCCUACCGCGUUGGUCCGGUGUUCGUUGUUGCUUGUGCCGGCUGGGCAAACAAAAAAAAAAACUUUCGCCCGCGCGCUGCGCGCGCGGCAAUUUACCAAAGCCGGUAACAUACAGAGUCCGCCCGGGGCCGGUUUGCCGAUCGGGCAGAGUUUUUUUCUCCGCCCGCGCGUUGCGCGCGCGGACCUUGACGAGGGUCGGCGCUGAGGCAUCGCGCUCGGCGCUUCUGUGUCGGCUGCGGAAAAAACGAAAUUUUUCGGCCGCGCGCGAUGUGGGACGGGGCCGUGGCACCUCGUUCGGCGGCUCUUCGCCGGCUGCACAAAAACGCACACGCCCGGCGCUGCUUCGUCGGGCCCGACGCUUCUGCGCCGGGGGCGCAAAAUGUUUUUCUCGCCCGCGCGCUGCGCGCGCGAUUUUUUUAUGCUGCCGAGCCUGCGCCAGAUGGUUCGGCGCCCCGCCCCCCUUUGCGCCUCCUUGGCGAAAGUUUUUCGUCGCUCGCGCGCGGCGGGCUUUCAUGUUUUUCCUCGCUCGCGCGGCGCCUUGCCCUUACCGCCUGGCGGUCAGGCGGUAACGCGCCGGGCGGAUUUUUGUCUUUUCAGCUUGGCAAUUUUUUUUCGGGCUUGAAAAAAUUCGGGGCGCCCAUUUCGCCUAAACCUGGCGGGCCCCCCCUCAUUUGUUUCAAGCAUGUGGUAGUUGCGCUCGUUCGCAACCCUCCCGGGGCCAAGAUUUUUUCUCUGUUCCUCGACGCAGCAUUUCUGCGAUUUUUCUUCGUCAGUCUCUUUGGGCCCUUAACGAUGUUGAAUUCCGCACGGGAUAAUUCGGAUUUUUUUUUAUACAAACAGAACUGCGUCUGAUGAUAGGAUCGCUUUUUCCUCCACAGUCGUCGUUUUUCUGAACACAAUUCUUUUGCGGGUUAUUUUCGUCAUCAUGAUGCGCCGAGAAGAGGGAUAGGAAAUGCAAAUUCAACUACACAGCACCAUUCAGGCUAAAGUCGAACGAGUUUG